AUGAAUGACUCACCGCCUGACACCUGUCUCAAGGCGAACUUCAUCGAGUUGUGGGCGAAGGCUGCCGGCGAUCCGGCAGCAAGACUGGCGCGCUGGCUGCAGGAGGGUGCUCCGGGGGGUCUACGUUUGCACCCGGACCUAACAGGUUUGUUCCCUCUGUCGACCAGGGGCAGCAGGACUGCGCCACUGACAUUUGCAGCAGUCAUGGCCUUAGCCACACGUUUGUUGCAGUCCCUCCUCACCAGGGACCAUUUAGAAGAAAAGAUUUGGCAAGAUGCUAGGAUUGAAACAGACGUGGAUGAUCCAUGGACUGUUUUAAAAGGCACUCCUCAACAAAUAGAUGACUUCACUUGCACUUUGCUCAUCGGAUGGCACUUGCUGGGAUUCCCUGUCGCUUACCGAAAAGCUUCACGCUCCGUGACUUUGAAAUGGAUUGGCAUGAACAUUGUGGUUGGCAGGUCGACAGUAGAAGUGCACAUCCCACAGGACAAGCUGACUGAGAUUCGUGUAUUGGCGUUACAAUUCUUGUCCAGCAACGUCAUUUCAAACAAAGAGCUUCGUUCCUUUGUUGGCAAGUGCAUGAGCAUUGCAAGCGUCAUCUAUGUUUGGAAACCUUUCGUGGCUCAGUUUUAUGCGGCGCUUCAUUCUGAGAAGCCAGCAUCCACGCCUAAGGGUUGCACUUGGACUUCCCAAGUGAAACCUGGACUCCAUUGGAUCCUAGCAUUCCUGGACAGCCAUUCACCUGAUUGCAUCACCAAGCGUACCUGGGAUGUCAACGAAUAUCUCUCCAGGCAACAACGAGUCGUCAUCACUUGGGAUGCAUCCCCAUGGGGCUUUGGAGCCAUUCUCACCAUUGAUGGUGUGAUCGUUCAGUUUCUUUAUGAGGUGCCUUGCCAAGUAGACAUCGAGCUCUUGCACUUGAAAGUGGGCGAUUCCGCUUCUCAACAAACUAUGGAAUCUUUGGCAGGGUUGAUUGCGCUGCGGCAGUGGGCGCCUUUUUGGAAAGAUCGACGGUCGCACUUUUCCAUCCGAAGUGACAACACUGGUGCUUUAGUUUUGCUGGGUAGGCUGAAGACCCACUCUCCCACCAACAACAUCAUCGCUCGAGAAGCCGCCCUAGACAUAGGGGUCUCAAGCUAUGGUCCUGAAAUUGCAGAGCAUAUUCCUGGGAUCACCAAUAAGACUUGUGAUUUUUUGAGUAGAAUUUUUCAGCCUGGGGACGAUGAGUCAUGGCCGUCCUUGCUAGCACAUGUACCCAGAGCACAGUUGUCUCCACGUACCAAGUCGUGGUGGCGAUCAAUUAAUUCACCUUUCCCUGCAAGCAAGACGCACAGUUCCACUGGUUAA